AUGACACCGAGGUCAGUUGCGGCGGUGCAGUCCUCGCGGGCCAUGUCCGCCGCAGCCGCCGCCCUGACCUGUGUAGAUGAUUUCCCCUUUUUGGAGCCCUCCACGCCUUAUUGUCCGUCGGCAUCCGAUUUGGGUGCCCCUUUCAAAGCAUACGGAUCGGCGUGUGCUUUUGACUAUGCCGUGUCCGCCGCAAGGGAGCUAGGCCUACUCAAUGAGGACAUAGAAGCCAGGCUCAGCUGCAACAACCCCAGCAACAGCGUCCGCCUCGGCCUUCGUGCCCUGCACUAUGCGACAAGGGAUUUCCCAGCCGAUCAGCCCACAAAAGAGCGCGAAAUGGCAUUCAUGGUUUUCAACAGUCCCGAUGCCAUCGACUUUCUGCGACACCGUGCGCUGGCGGAUAACGCAGCUGGCACCUGCGGCAGAAAGGUCUAUGACCCAUGGGUCAGUGGCAUUGACGAAAAGUCAGCCGACGUCGAGUGCGGUGUCUCGCUAUUUCGUCGCGGUAUGGCGUUACGGGAUGCCUACACCAAGGCCGCAGUGGCUGCAUGGAGCCGACUCGAUGAGAGCUUCCGGGAGCAUCUCAAACUGCGGCGGUUUGUGUUUUGCGAGGCUUGCGGUCCGCCGCAACCUUCAAAGCUGAUCGAGGCGUUGCGGUAUUUGCGCCCGAGCCUGCUCACCAGAGACCCAGGGAAAUGGGAUGUUAUGGUGGAGGGCGUGUCACGCGGCGACUCAGCGUGCGCCCUGGUACGUCCGUUAGUAAGUGAGCUUAAACAGGCACAGCGGGUGUUGGAGCUGGCGGUCAAGGGAGUUCUGCUGUUGCACGACAGCGGGGUGCAGGACGAGCAUCUGGAGCCGCUAUCCUGUGCCGUACUGGCCCUCCUCGUGCUGAUGCUCCACACGGAGCCCGAGCAGCUCUUGGAACAUGGGGGCUCCAUGGGGAGCAGCAGCUGGGGAAGAACAGCAGGCAAGGUUCCUAAUGAGCUUGAGUUGGCUGUUGCAGCACUUCAUAAUUCCGUACGUGAUGCAGCCCUCGCCAAUAAGCCGUACCGGCACAUCUCCCCAGCCCAGUUGUACGACGUGGUCUGUACCACCCCCUUCACCGACCUCGGCGCCGAUGCCAGGGACAGCAGGUCCGCGGACCCCCAGGGCGGCAGAGGCGACGAUGACAGUUACCGUACUGAAGUACAGCCGUACUCUCAGCAGCACAUAAGGGCGAUGCUCUUCGCGUUGGCCCCGGAUCGAUUUGUGAAGUCGUUGGCGGAUGCGGUGAUGAUAAGGGCUUUCGCCGCCGCGGGCCCGCAAUGGAACCAAUCCAGGGAGGUGGUCGAGGCGAUGCAUGACGCGCUGGCGGCGCGGGAACUUGUUGCCGUACGCCGUGAUGGCAGCUAUACCUACGGACUCGGCAGCAUCAGCGGUAUCAGCGGCGGCAACGACGAGGCAGAGGAACUUCAAAAUUUUGGAAGCACCCUGGGCUUCGAGCGCCGCACUGCCGCAGCCGCUGGCAUCGGCGGCAGCAGUUUCCCCUCCAGGAGCAGUGCUGCUGUGGCGGCGCAGGGCCCAGCGUUCAGGGUCCCGACGGCGGCGGCAGCAACGGAUGGGAGCCUUCCCGUCCAACAAGAUGCAAGAGGCAUAUACGACAUGCUGUACUUGGCGAGCUUGUACGGUGCCAAGAUGUCGGCGGAGGCGGUCGUCGCAGCUGAGGCUGGCAGGGGUGAAGCCGACCGACAUCAGCGGCAACAUCAAAGGGAGCCAAGCUCGGUCACUAAUGCGUCCGGUGUGGCCAUUGCCUCGGUGCUGCCGGUCGUGGCAAGAGCACUGUCACGGCUCCGACGGCUGGGGCUGCUGACGGACGAGGCGCCGGUGGGGGACGGCCCCGAAGCGGGCAUAACGCUUCGUCGCCUACUGCGGUGUGGCGUGGAGGUAGCGGCGGCGGCUGCCCGUCAGUGCGAGGCGGCUGGCGGAGGCGGUGGGGUGCUGUUGGCGGAGGGGCCUCGGAGGCUCCACCGCCAGCGGCUGGUGGGGCUGGUGGAUGAAGCAUCGCUAAGUGCUGGAGCCUUGGUGCAGGAUAUCGAGCGAAGCUAUGAGGGCAGGCGCGGGGAGGUGGGAUGUCGGGUGGCGAGCAUCGGCGGUGGCAAAGGGGGCGGCGGCAGCGGCAAUCAUGGUAGCAGUAAUCUUCGGGCUUUGGUGGAGGGGCUUCGUCCGGGUUUGCUGGCGGCGCACCCGGCUACUUGGGGCGAGUUGCUGCGAAGGGCAGAGGUGGAGGGAGAGGCGGCGGAGGCGGACGCGGAGGAUGAGGCAUGGAGCCAGGACAAGAUUGUUGAACCCUCGGUUGUACAUACGGGGAUAUUCGGGUUGAUAGCCCUGGAUGGACAGGAGCUGCCGCUUCAGUUGCUCGGCGUGUCGUACUGUGUGGUCGUGGGCGCGGUCUUCUAUCACGACAUGGAGCGUUGCGGCAGCGGCGGCCUGGAAGCAGCGGAGAGCCGCUUACCGGAGCAUUGCCGCCAGGCAAACCUGCUCUUCCGCUGGAUGCAUUUCGUGCCCUCCGUACUGGACACCAAGCCGGAGCCAGGCUGGACCAGCGGCGACCUGCCCGUCGUGGCGGCGGCGACGACGACGACGCCUCCUUCGUACCUGUCCCACGUCCGCUCCAACGACGAAUUACAAGUAGCCUUACAGAAGCGGCUGCUGUCAUCCGUGGCGAGUUUUACCAUACUGCCGUACAAUAUCAUGGUCCUCAUGGUGGCUUACAUGACGGAGUGGGGCCUGGAGCACUGGCGGCGGCGGCAGCAGCCCAUCUGGCGACCGGCGGGGGGAAUGGCGGCUCUGUGGCCUCGGCGAUUGACGGCGGCUGCGGCUGGAUCUAAGGAGCGACUGACGGCGGCGGUGGAAGAAGAGGAACAGGAAAAGGGUCGAUUCGAACUGUACGGGCCCUCCUUUGGAGUGGUGUGCUGGGGGAUGGGAGAGCUGGCGGUGGGUGGGAGGGCGCGGCGAUGGCGUGAAGGCAGCGCGUUGUCGCCAUGGGGAAGUAGCGACGAGGAAAUUGACUUCGCCGCUGGCGGUAGUGAUGAGCGUCUUUUUGAUGUCGCUGGCUUCGGCGACUUUGAUGAUGGGUUCGAUGACCGGUUUGGGCGCUCGGGCGGCGGCGGCGGCGGCGGUAGCGACAUCGAGCUGGAGUUCGUGGAGCUUCUGGAUUCUCCGGCGGAGGGGGUGAUAGCGGGCGCGCCCACGGUCCUUUGGAAGGAUGCUAAUGGGGAGGGGCUCGCGUGGGCGAGCGGGGCACGGCAACAGCAGCAGCGCUGCCUUGAAGAGCCUGCUGGCGCCGCCUCCAACGGCACUGGGGUCCGAAGCAAUCUCAUGUUCGUCGCCGAGGGGGGCGUCCAGGUCACGACAAGGUUGCUGUCCGGGAACGAGGUGAUAGCGAGGGAGGUGGUGCCGUUGGGCGACAGACCUUAUGCUGCCGGCGAUGCCGGCAGCGGCACGAGCGCUGCCGCUGCCUCCGGGAGUGGCAACGGCAUCUGGCGGUCCGGCAGCAGCAGCGGUCCCUUGGGGCGCCCUCGGGGCGGCGUCGAAAGCGAUGGUGGCCGGAGGACGGGUUGGCUGGGGUCCGCGGCGGCGACGGCGGCUUCGUGGCCGGAACCCGCCUCCGCCACGGCUGCGAUCGCGACUGUGUCACAGCCCGGGUUGCUUUUCACCGGUUGCAGCUUGGUUGAAGCGCUGCCGGCUGUAUUCCUGUGCGACAGCAUCGCCCACGGCCGCAGCAGCGGCGGCGAUGUGGCGGUGGAGGGCGUGGAAGCUGCGGCGCUGCUAUUUUUAGUAUUGAUCCAUAUGAAGGAGGUCUUGAAGGGCAAAGACUUCUUACUGCAUUUCAGCGACGCAAGGGGACAAGGGACGUCGGGGCGUGGUAGUACCGCAGGUGGCGGCAGCAGCAGCAGGCCUGUGGUGGCUUCGGCGGCGUCAAGUGGGGGCCCCAAAGGGAUGAAGGGCAGUACCGGGGCACAGGCCGCCGCCGCAACUUCCCUGCCUGCGGUGCUGAGUCUGUCUUGUUGUGUUCGUGAGGGUCACUGGUACCGUGACCUGAGAGAUCUGGGACCCCAUCAGGACGGCAGGGAGCCGCAGCAUGUGACCAUCUCCAUGUACAGCAAGGUUGCACAGCAGCUCAAGGUGGUUCGUAAGGCACUUUUGGACGAGAAGGCGGGCGUAUUCAUGCUCCGAACGCAGGGUAUGGAGGGCCUGAAGCGGGCGAUACAACUCGCAAUGCAGGUAUGCACGGAUAUGCGCGCGGCUCACCGGGACCUCAUCCUGGAGCCCGUCAGCGUCUGGUUUCCGGAACGCGACCAAGAGGGGGGCGAUGUCCCCAACAACAGCAGCAGCAGCCGCGGCGACGGCGGCAGCAACCGAGACCGGCGCGAAGAAGCCUUGGUCGCUCUCCGGGAGGGGAUGGAAAGGUUUUUGGGUGGUAUGCAAUGCCUGAUGACGUCACGGCGAUACGGUUUCGACGAUGAGGCAAUUGGACGUGACGUCGAGGUCGCGGAGGCAGCCUUGGGCUGGUUGUGGGAGCAGCUGACCGGUGGGUCUGGACGCAAUGGAGGCGGAGGCGGCAGUGGCGCUGCUAGCGCCAUGGGCGCUUCUGGAAGUGGCAGUAAUGGUGGGAUUGGAGGCGCCACAUCGGCGUGUAAGGAUAUGUGCUUCUGCCUGCUGCUGGCGGAGUGUGUGCGGGGUCGGCCUGGGGAGCUUAUGUCCCACUGGCGGGGCCGGGAUAUGACGGGACUGGGGGCUAAGCGGCAGCUGGAGAAGACAAUGAUGAUGCCGACGGUGUGA